CAGGGUCGGGAAGAUGGAUAUAAUCUGUUGGUCCUUUGCUUUUGUCCAGGAGUGUCCUCCUUGUCUAUGAAAUGCAGCUAUCAAGGCAGUUGGACCUGUUUCCUGAAUGCACAGUGACCCUUCUGUUAUUUAAAGGUGUGAAAAAUGCAGGGGACCUGAAAAGAAAAGCCAUGGAAGGAUCGAUCACCGGCUCAUUGAUAAACCCUAAUGUGAUCGUCGAUCCAUUUCAGAUACUUGUGGCAGCAAACAAAGCUAUUCAUCUCCACAAACUGGGAAAAAUGAAGACGAGGACUCUGUCUACUGAAAUUAUCUUCAACCUCUCCCCAAAUAAUAAUAUUUCAGAGGCUUUGAAGAAAUUUGGUAUCUCAGAGUGUGAUACUUCAGUUCUGAUAGUUUACGUUGAGGAGGAAGAAAAACAAACACACCUUGAACACCUAACAUCUCAAGUGGACGGCCAGCAGGUGCCUCUGGAAUGUCUUCCAGAAGUAACAAAGCUCUCAGAAGUCAAAAAGAUAUAUAAACUGUCAUCACAAGAAGAGAGUAUUGGGACAUUAUUGGAUGCUAUCAUUUGUAGGAUGUCAACAAAGGAUGUUCUAUAAGAUCCUCAAAACAUCAACAGAAAAUUUCAGAGUCAAUCACCAGCUGGGUUGUUUUUUUCUUUUCUUUUUUUCCUGGUUCUAAAAUUAACAUAUCAUUGAAAAGGGGAGAAAUAAACCACUACUAUCCCUA